AUGGAGGAUUUAAAAGCUCUAAAGUAUACGUACCCUCAGAAAUACAGCUUGAAACUUAUCUGCAGACUUCUGUACUAUUCUGGUUUCGGGGACUACUGGUAUGAACCAAGGGAAAGGUCUUCGCUCGAAAGGAUUUUGUACCCGUUCUGGGCUUUUAUAUCGAAUGCCAUUCUUGCUGUCGGAAUUUUUAACGAAUUCAUGGCGUAUAGCAGACAUGAUCUCACUGAAAAGGAAAGGAAUGAUUUGAUGCAGCACACGUUUGCACACUCGUCCGUUUAUAGUAAAUUUUGUAUACUGUAUCUACAGAGGGAUAGGGUUAAGGUUGUACUGAAAAGAUUUGUGGAGGAAACCAGGUCAAUUUAUUCUUCAAGUGCUAUCGACAAGGCAGCCACGGAGAAGAGUUUCAGGUUUUGCGCUGCAAUGGGCUUUAUUUUGUUCGUGACUCUAACUUCGGCGGAGAUUGAUGGAGUAAGAGCUUAUAUACAGGAAGGAAUAUUAAUCAGAGGAGAAGUAACAUAUUUCCCGAAGAAGUCCCAAACCGGUAAUUUCUUCAACUUCGUGCGUUUCAUGGCCGAGUUCCACUGGUACUACCUGGUGGCCAUCAUGACUGUGGUGGACUCUCUGGCCGUGUGUUCCAUGGUCUACACCGAAGCGAAAUUCAAGCUCCUUCAGAUAUACUACAAAGAGUUAGGAAACAUUUUGAAGGACGAGAGCAAGAGUAAAAUAGACCGUGAUUUGGAGUUCAAAAAGAAAUUCAUUGACGGAAUUAAGCUACACGAGGAUGCUUUGUGGAGCGCCAAGAACAUCCAGUACGCCCUGGGGACCAUCUAUAGCGUACAAAUUUUCGAGAGUCUCAGUCUACUCGUUGUUUGUCUCAUUAAACUUGUUGCCAGCGAACGGACUUUGCUGCGUGUAAUUGCUAUACUAGCCUACACCACCUGCAUGAUCACCUUGACUGGCACCUACAUGAUGGCUGCGGGGGAUAUCACUCAUGAAGCAGCCAUGCUGUCGACUGCAAUAUUCCAAUGCGGCUGGGAAAUGUAUGGGAAGAAGAAGGAAAUCCUGCCUCUGACCGUGGUCGCCAUACAAAGGAGCCAAGUGCCCGUGUACAUGACUGCUUUCGGCGUCAUCGAGUUGUCUUAUGUCAAUUUUAUAUCGGUGCUGCGUUCCUCGUACUCAUUUUUUGCGGUCAUGUAUUGA